AUCCAUAUCAGCUUUUCUUUCCUCUGGGUUCUGGUUUGAGUGUCACCAGAGAGAGAGAGAGAGAGAGAGAGAGAGAGAGAGAGAUGGACACUCAAUUAGCCUCAGCUAAGAGAAGCCAUGCCGUUUGUAUCCCAGGUCCAUACCAAAGCCAUAUAGGAGCAAUGCUAAAACUGGCAAAGCUUCUACAUACAAAAGGUUUCGACAUAUCCUUCGUGAACACAGAAUACAACCAUCGACGCCUACUGAAAUCAAGGGGACCUCGAGCCCUUGAUGGCUUCCAUGGCUUUCAGUUCCUGACCAUCACCGAUGGCCUUCCUCCCUCGGAUGCAGACUCAAGCCAAAACCUCAUGGCUCUAAGUGAUGCUGUCAGAAAUAACAUGUCUGCUCCAUUUUCUGAUCUCAUCUCCAAUCUCAACCACGCCGCAUCAAACUCAGAUGUUCCUCCAGUCACUUGCAUUUUCUCUGAUGGAUUCAUGUCAUUUGCCACCAGUGAAGCUGCUCAAGAAUUCGGCAUCCCUAUCAUACAGUUGUGGACAAUCCCCGCCUGCGCCUUCAUGGGAUACAAACAAUACCGGACUCUUCAGGAAAAGGGCUUCACUCCAUUAAAAGAUACCAGCUACUUAACAAACGGCCAUUUGGAUACAGUAAUCGAUUGGAUUCCAGGAAUGAAGGACAUUAGAUUAUGGGACCUGCCAACCUUCCUUCGUACCACGGAUCCUGAUGAUAUUUUGCUCAAUUUUAUAAUGGAUGUCACUGAGAGAGCCAAUACAGCCUCAGCAAUGAUUUUCCAUACCUUUGAUGCCCUUGAAUCAGAAGUGCUUAACGCUUUAUCAUCAAUGUUUCCUCGCGUCUAUGCAGUUGGCCCACUCUCGUUACUAGUCAACAAACUAGUGCAGGAAGAGAGCCCCCUCAAAUCUAUUGACUGCAAUCUGUGGACAGAAGAUACAGAGUGUCUUCGAUGGCUCGACUCGAAGGAACCAAAGUCGGUUCUAUACGUUAAUUUUGGCAGCAUAGCUGUCUUGACAAGAGAAGAGCUUAUUGAGUUUGCAAUGGGACUGGCCAACAGCGAACACCCAUUCUUGUGGAUAAUUAGGCCUGACCUUGUAAGUGGGGAUUCAGCAGUUCUUCCCCGGGAAUUCCUUGAAGAAACAGAAGGAAGGAGUAUGUACGCAGAUUGGUGUCCACAAGAGGCAGUUCUCAACCACUUGUCCACCGGAGGGUUCUUGACACACUGUGGAUGGAACUCUGUAAUCGAGAGUGUGUCUUCAGGAGUCCCAAUGAUUUGUUGGCCAUCUUUUGGGGACCAGAGCACAAACUGCGCUUACGCUUGUAGUAAAUGGGAGAUUGGUUUGGAGUUAUCAGGUGUGGUCAAGAGAGAGGAAGUGGAAAGGUUAGUGAGGGAUUUGAUGGAAGGAGACAAGGGAAAACAAAUGAAGGAAAGAAUCACGGAGUGGAAGAAAUUAGCACAGGAAGCAACAGAACCAAAUGGGUCAUCGUCCAUUAACUUUGACAAGCUGUUGAAUGAAUUUCUACCUUAAAUACAGCAACAGACUGUCUGUUUGUGCAACACUGCUACCACAGGCAUUUCUUUUUUUGCAACAGCAUCAUACUUUCUUUAUGGGUUACUGUAAUGAAAUUAUAUAUUCGCAGCCUGUGUGUUUCAAGAGGUUUGCACACACUACUUAAUUCAUCUAUCUUAUAAACUUGUUCCCUA